AGGAACCCUCGCCUUUUUCGCCCAUGGCGCGGCCGCUGCGCGAAGGCUGGCUCCGGGGCUGGUGGACCGCCGGGCUCGGCUUGGCGGCGCUCGCCUCCUUCCCAGGCCUCUGGGCUCAGACGGUGCUCGUCAACGACACCGUCUCAGGGUUCAUCGGGACCGACGUGAUCCUGCACUGCAGCUUCACCAACCCCAACCCCACCAAUGUGAAGAUCACACAAGUCACGUGGCAGAAGGCCACCAACGGCUCGAAGCAGAACGUGGCCAUCUUCAACCCCAACAUGGGCGUCUCCAUCCUGCCGCCCUACAAGGAGAGGGUGCUUUUCCAGAGCCCCUCCACCAGGGAUGGCACCAUCCGCCUCUUGGGCCUGGAGCUGGAUGACGAAGGGGUCUACAUCUGCGAGUUUGCGACUUUCCCCAGCGGCAACCGGGAGAAUCAGCUCAACCUCACCGUAUUGGCCAAGCCGACCAACCGGAUGGAGGCCACCGCAAGGCCCCUCGUUACCAGGGCCGGCAUGACGGAGAAGAUCUUGGUGGCCACUUGCAUCUCCUCCAACGGGAAGCCCCCCAGCACCGUCACCUGGGACACCAAGCUGAAAGGCGAGGCGGAGUUCCAGGAGAUCCGCAACAGCAACGGCACCAUCACGGUGAUCAGCCGGUACCGCCUGCUGCCCAGCCGGGAGGCCCAUCGACAGCCGCUCACCUGCGUGGUCAACUACCAGCUGGAUCGUUUCACCGACAGCAUGACCCUCAAUGUGCUCUAUGAGCCAGAAGUGAAGAUCGAUGGUUUCGAUGGCAACUGGUACCUCAACCGGAAGGAUGUCAAGCUGACGUGCAUCUCAGAUGCCAACCCUCCAGCCACCCAAUACCAAUGGAGGCUAUUGAAUGGGUCGCUCCCCGACAACGUGGAGGUCCAGAACAGCACGUUGUUCUUCAAAGGCCCGGUCACCUACAGCCUGGCGGGGACGUACGUCUGCGAGGCCACCAACACGAUCGGCACGCGGUCCGGCCUGGUGGAAGUCAAUGUCACAGAAUUCCCCUACACCCCGUCUCCACCUGGCACAUCUGUGGCGCAGUCGAACAUCCCCACAGCCGUGAUUGGGGGCGUGGUGGGCGGAGUCUCGUUGGUCGUGGUGGUUGCCGUGGUGAUCUUUGUGGUGCUUCGGCACCGGCGUCACACCUUCAAGGGCGACUACAGCACCAAGAAGCAUGUCUACGGCAACGGAUACAGCAAAGCGGGCAUCCCCCAGCAUCACCCUCCCAUGGCGCAGAACCUCCAGUAUCCCGAUGACUCAGACGACGAGAAGAAGGCAGGCCCGCUGGGGGGCAACAGCUAUGAGGACGAAGAAGAAGACGGCGCCGGAGGUGACCGGAAGCUAGGGGUCGGCCCUAGCAAGUACGACGAUGACUCCAAGAGGCCUUACUUCACGGUGGAUGAGGGCGAGGCCCACCCCGAGGCUUACGACGAAAGGACACUUGGUUUCCAGUAUGACCCCGAGCAACUGGACAUAGCCGAGAACAUGGUCUCUCAGAACGACGGAUCUUUUAUUUCCAAAAAAGAGUGGUAUGUGUAGCUUGUUCCCACUCACCCCGUUGGUGGGUUGUUGUUUUUUUUGCCCCCCUCUCACCUGCCGCGUGUUGCCUCCGAGGUACAGGGCUACCACUCACAGCCCUGCAUGUUUUCACACACACAACCCAAGCCAUGCACGCGCACAAACACCCGGUGGGGGGGGGGGCAAGUGUGACAGAGACUGUUUUCAAAAAUGAACUGCCGCUGGUCAGAGGCAACCGGCAACAGGCAAGGUGAGAGGGGCUGGUUGCUUUGCUUAUGGAUUAUUUUUUUUUUGUGGGGAGGGGGAAGGGUUCUGGGUUUCCCCCCCCCCCUCCUCUUAAGUUGUCUGAGGGAUUUUUGUCCCCUAAAGUGUCGUUUGUAUUGAUCAGUGGCUUUGAUGUUAAUACUCUUUGCUUUAAUGACUACUGCCCUCCUUGUAAAAAAUACCCCCCCUCCCCACCUUCUGUUUGUGUCUUAAGGUGUCUCUGUGUCGACCUUUGGGUUUCCCCUCUCUUUGCCUACCCCCUCCCC